CGGACAUUUCCUGCGCACUUUAAAGUCCGGCUGGCAAGAAAAGAAGCGUUCAUUUUAUAUAAAAAAAAAAGGAAGGAUAUUUCUAUUUGAGCUGUGUCUAUAAGGCUCGUAGUAAAAUGACAACUAGAAAUAGAUUUCUACCUGCUUUUUGGUCGUUGAGUUUAGUUUAGUUGAGCUGAAGUUGAAGUUGGUAGAUGGAGGGAGAUGGAACGAGGGCGUAAAGCUCUUUUCUUAUUCUUUUGUUGUAGGCUUUUUUAUCUUCGGUGUAGAUGGUGAAAAAAGCAAAGAGCAGUAUUGGAAUCAUCAUACCAGAUGUGAUAAAGAGGAUUCCCUGUAAUGUCUUAUAUGGGUGUACCAAAUGAUUGAAAGCGCUCACUACUUUAAUAAAUAAAUAUAGGAAAAAAGAACGUAUCACGAGGAAUCCAUGUUAUAUAACGAAAAUCUUAGCUCGAAGAAGUAUCCCAUAUGAAAGCAAUAAUGAGACUGGCGACUUGGAUGGUUUGCGUCCAAUUCCUUGUAUCUUGAUGAUUACCAGGUUUAUCGAUUACUGGUAUCGUUCAUCUUUAUGUCGUUGAUGGUUUUUUUUGGUGUACAUCGUCGGCAUAUAUAUGACAAUCGUUUAUAUAUUUCUGAACGUUUGUUGCGGUCAUACCUUUCCAGUAGAACUUUUCGCAUAUGCGAUUUGUUAGUUGACUUUUUUUCGUGAAUUGGACUUGGUUGCACUAUGUGUAUAGAUGCUAGUAAUGUCCAGGGACACGAUUAAUUGGAUGAAACGCUUGAAAGACAGUCUAUUUUAGGCAGACCAGUCUAGUCUUCCAGUCUGAAGAUCGUAACUGUAAAAUGAUGGUCUAUAUCCUCUCUCUAAACCAGCAUUCGUAAUCUGUUCCGACCUCGUAUUCAGAAUUUCAGUAUCUCGCUUUUUAAUGUUUGUUUACUUGCAUAUUUAGCGACGACCCCUUAUGCUUAUGAAUAUCAGCUUCGCUAAAACACAAUUACUGAAUUGAAUUGUAGUAUUGAUUCUAUUAUCGAAGUAUCCUCUUAUGACGGUAAUUGCUGGGUUUGUCACGAUUCCCUGCACAAGUCGGUGAUAUGCAUCCCGAAUGCAGUUACAGAAACAGGUAAUGAGGUAAGUAUAACUCUUGCCUUUUCAAUUGUAUGCAAAAGAUUGUCCCAAUACCUUGUCACAAUCGCAAAUUGUGUGCCCUCGUAUCUCAUCUGAUCUCAUCUGCUUAUUGAGGCAGUUCUCCGUCCUCUUCUGUGGACCUAGAGUUAAUUUGGCGUUACUGAAAUUCCCAUAUGUGUUCACAUUUAGCUCUCUACUGGGCUCAUCCAUUUGGUAGUAUUCAGUGUACUUGAUGUGAACUGAAAGCAUUCUUCAUGUGAUCUACCAAUGGCUUGGAAUGAAGGUAUUAAUUAUACACAUCCUCAAGCUGAUUCUUCGUCACGUUCUGCCCUAUCAAAGUUAAUAAGUGGGUGUUUGUUGACACUGCAGAGACCAGCGUCUGAAUAAAUAUCAUCCAUAUCACAUCCCCAUUAUCAUAUUGACUAUUUAUUUGAUGUAUUAUGUUCUUUGUCGCUAGAUAGGUUAAUAGUUAAAGGAUAAACUCUUUUACCUGUCUUAUUGCGGUCUAUAACUAACCACACACGACAUUUAGGUGCCAAUCAAAAUAUUUAGCAAAAUUAUCUGUGAUUUCUAACUCUUCGAAUAGAUCCCUGAUACGUUGUCGAGAGGACACAUUCCUUUCGAUGCAAGAGGCUUCCAUUUUCAAAGUACUUUCUUUUCACAUUCGAGAUCAACAGAAAGAGACCAUAAACAUUAUCCUGACAAUGACGGAUGGAAAUGUCACUUUUGAAGUAACCAUCCUUUGUUAUCAAGGAAAAGAAAAUAAAGGAAUAAAUAAAGAAAAGCAGUGAAAAUAUCGAAAAUGGAUUCAAUAAAUAGAAAAGAAUCCUCAAAGAUGAGCUUGUCUAUGUUAAGAACAACUUGAUUGCUCAUUACCAAAAAAAAAAAAAAAAAAAAAAAAGAAUUAUAGGAUCUUUCAGAUAGGAUAGCCUUUACGACUGCAAGGUAUAAAAACUUAAUGGAAUGGAAGUAUCUCGUUUUCAUCCAAUUUAUAAAAAGACAUUCAGCAGCAAUUCGUAUUUAUGAAACACAUUCCAGACGAAAGGAGUAGACCUCGAAUGGAAGACGAGAAAAGGAUAAUGAGCCAUCCGAAAAAGCAAUCUACCAUAAGAUGAAGUCUCUUCUAGUACACCCUUUCCAUUUUCAGUGAUUGAUUCUUUUGCUUGGUAAAAAGAUAUUUUCUUUUUAUUUGUUUAUCUUCAUCCAAGGGCUAGCAGUAACGAUAUGCUUAGGUAACACAUGUAAACACUUUUCUUUCGAUCUAAUUUGAAGGAUUUUUCGCCGUUUGAGUCAGUUUUAUUUGUCAUUUUAUAAGGAAAAUUCUCUCCUUAUGAAUCUUUUUCACCUGAUGUGUCAUGAAUUCGGUAAGUGAAAACAGGAUUGGGUGUUUAAGCCCAAUUCAAGUCAUAAUAAUUCCAUGCAGAAAGUAUGAGAGAAUUAUCUACCUUGAUAGAAGAGCCCUUGUUGCGUGUUUCGAUUGAGCUAAGAACUACUUCAGCUAGCCGGGUUUGCUGAAAUGUUGUUUCCCAUCUGAUAACAAAUUAGAGCGUUUCAAAUCUGUGUAGACACCCCAAUAACAAGUUGAAAGUAUCAACCAAGCAAAAACGAACUGGGUCCACCGUAUCACCCCGUCUCGAAAACACCGGCCAACUCCAAUAUUGAACGCAAGCCUGAAGACUUCGGUUACUUCAGUUACUCUAGAGAAUCCUUUGACCUCAUGAAAGUACAAUUGGAAGAUAACCAAUAAAUUUUUUUUUUCAGUCUUAUCGGAAAAAGAAUAUCCAACAGGGAAAGUUUUCUCAUGAGCAAGUUUUACGAAGAACACAGAAGAGAUGUCAGAAGUAUGAAAGUUGCAAGUGAAAUUCAGCUUACAAAUCUUGGGUAUAGUCAAGUAGAGUUCAACGUUACCAAUGUAUGCAGAUGUUGUUUCUCUAGAUGUCCAGCAGAGCUUUCUUGAGUACCGUUUUCUAGAACCUCUGAUCUCCUAAGAUUUGUUUUUUGAGCAACUACCAGAUGUUUAAAGAUAGCAAAAGGAAAAGCUUUGUUAACACAGACAAAAAACGAAAAUAGUAGGAAAGCAGCUUUCUUUAUUGCUUUUUGAGCAAAAAAUCCUAUGCUACGACUCUUUGAAAGAAUCGUUUAGUCUGUUUAUUAUGAGCGAAUCAAAGCUUUGACUUGAGACAACAUCAAUACCAUCUCAAUGAAGAUUUUCAUUGACUUGUUUGGAUCCUUCGUUAACACAGAUUGGAAUUAAGAGCGACAAGCCUUGGAAAAGCUUACAGGUGAAAUGAACAAUCCUUAUGUUUACAAUCAAGUCUUGCACUUGUCUAAGCAAAAUAGAUAACACUUAGCAUAGCUUACCUCUAGUGGAAUGCUUUUUGCUUUUGCUUGAAUGAAACACAUGCAAAAAGAUAUUUUCGUUCUGUGUCAUUAUCUCCUUAAAUUAAUAGAAAAAACGUAAAAGAAAGAUUACGAUAUUCUUUUAUGUGGUUUUUUUGCCCUUAACUUGUGCUUGAAAGGAUAGUAUUCAUAGUUAGGUACCCUAAAUACUGAGACAAAACAGCUUUACGAAAAGGUAUUCGUCUUGAAGAAUGUAAUCUAAUUCUAUUGAACUGUCAAUUCCUUCACAAUUAUAAAUUCCAAUAAUGCUGUUUGUUUUCACUUCAUUAGUACUUGAUCGUACCUCAAAACAUACCUCCACUGAAGACUCAGGAGCAGCUUGAUUAUUCUGAAUUUCUUCGUCUAAAAUCAUUUCUUCCUUUCAUUUUGAAACUAAAAAUGUCUCUAACUCAAGCAUUUUGGGGACUUAUUGCCAAGUAUAUGAUUGACUAUGGUUUGACCGCCGAACCAGAUCAAGUAUUGCAAAAAGUAGAGCAGGUCGGUAAGAAUAUUGAGCAAUAUGAAUCUUCAUUUUUCAAGUCUCUGUACAGAAGGAAACAACCUUUUUCGCUUCCAUCUGUAAUCAAUAUUUUAACACUCAUUCUCAUUCUAUACAUGUCCUUGGUCAUAGUUAACAGAGCUACUCGAAUUGCAUUAGCACUUUUCAAAACAUUAGCUACUAUCUCCUUUUUGUUGCUAAUGGUUUGUCUCGGUGUCUACUGGUUCCUGAAUAGUCAAUAAUUCUUCAACACUGCCUAUGAGACUUAUUGUUACGAACAGUCUUACAGGCAGCUCAUCGAUAUUAUUUUCUUCUUUGCAUCCUUAAAAAAUUUUCGAUUGUAAGUAUAAUUGUCAGGUUCUGUUCGGCGUCAUACAGCCCGGAAGCCUUGAAAUUAAUGAACCAAAAAAAGAAUAAAAAGAAUCCCACCCUUCUCCAACCGAAAGCGCCUAGGCUCAAAGUUGUCUUUAACAAUGUUCCCUUAGUUUAAAAUAUCUAUAUUGUAUCGUCUUUGCUUUUACAUGUUUUAUACUGGUUAAGAUCAUCUACAAAAUACAUGAAUUUCGUUUACGCAAAAACAGUA